UUCAGUCCGGGCUGGAAAAAUGCUGUUUACAGCCCCAACCUGAAUGUAUAAUUCAAGAGCUAACAAGCUUUCAGAAAGUUCUCUGCAGUGAAUCCAAACUGGAUGCCAUGUCUCAGGAUUUCCGGAAGUGCUGCAGUAAACCUGCCCUGGAUACUCUUCCCUGCGUGGAUGACUUGAAAAGGCAACCUCGUCAGUCUGCAGACGUAGCCAAUCCUGUAUCAUCUAAGAUCUGUGAGGAAGCUCAACCACAUGGGAUUGACAGAUACUUGUUUCUAAUUGGAGUGAAUCAUGCCUCCAUUUCUCUUCCUGUGCUGACGACCGUUCUCGAUCGAAUCAAGAACACAGUAACGGCCUGCUGCUCAUCUGCCGAUGUCACAGCGUGUUUAACGGAGAAGGAGAGUAAAUUGAAAAAGACUAUAGCACUUCUGUCCAAGUUGGAUGGCACUUGUUCGUACUUCAGACUGGACCUGCCUUCGUUCAAAACUCUGAUGCAGAAGGAGGUGCAGGGGGAGGGAGGUGAGAAGCAAACACAAGCUUGGGUGGACUUGGGAACAUCCUGCUGUUCCCAGCGCUCCCCGGCACAACUAUGUCAAAAGCUGACAGAGGAUGUUAUUAAAUAUGACGAUGACACUGUUUAAAGAAUCAGUGUCAGCAAUUAUAUUGGAUGACGAGAUCUUCUAAAUUCCCUCUCUAAUAGGAAAUGUCAUCCCUCGCUAUUUGAGAUGUUUUAAAUACAUUUUCCACUUGCUUCAAAGAGUUUUGUUUUUGUCCUCUGUUCCCUUUGUUCUUUUAGCUCAUGAGGCUUGUGGCAUUUGCAGUGUGAUUGUA